UACAUCCAACAGCCCCUUUCUUAGAGGUCGGUUACUUAAAUGAUAUCUACUCUCUCUUUCAUCGUCUCCCGUCGAUUCUCUAGAGGUUCAGCUCAACUCAAUCCGAGAAUCAAGAUCGCCUUUUUUCUAAUCGACCAGCCCCAUUUUCUCUAGAUCUCACCCGUCGCUUGUGCCAGAUCUACGAAAUUUUCAUGGGUUCUUCUCCUUCUGUGAAGAACAUUCUUCUACUGGAUUCUGAAGGAAAGCGUGUGGCUGUUAAAUAUUUCUCAGAUGACUGGCCCACUCAUAGUGCAAAGUUGGGAUUCGAGAGAUCUGUGUUUAUUAAAACCCUGAAGACCAAUGCUCGUUCAGAAGCCGAGAUUGCAAUGUUCGAUGGAUACAUUGUAGUCUAUAAAUUUGUCCAGGACCUGCACUUUUUUGUCACUGCCGGAGAUGAUGAAAAUGAACUCAUCUUAGCAACAGUGCUUCAAGGCUUCUAUGAUGCUGUUGUUAAUCUCCUCAGGAAUGACGUGGAAAAGAGGACUGCUCUGGAGAACUUGGACCUGAUUCUACUUUGCAUUGAUGAAAUUGUUGACGGAGGGAUCAUCUUGGAAACCGAUGGGAGUGCCAUUGCUGGAAAGGUUGCAACUAAUGCUGCUGAUAGUUCUGUGGUCUUCUCUGAGCAGAACAUUUCUCAAGCAUUGGCUACAGCAAGGGAACACUUUACAAGAUCUUUCCUGCAAUGAUUUUGUAGUGACAUUCUGGUUUUGCUUACCUUGGAUUCCAACAAUGGCAUUCUUCUCAUCUUUGCCAUUCAUUUUGAGUAUUGAUUAUGAGUCUGAUACGUUUUCUUUUGUUGGAUCAGUUGUAACUUUUUUCUUAUUCAAACUAUUGUAUCUGGCUUAGAUUAAUAAAGGGGAUAUAAUUAUAUUGCGAGUCAGAUGGUUAGUUGGACAUAUGGUGAUUUGUGCGAAUCCUCGGCAGAAAUUCAAUAGGAUUAUGAAACAUUGUUAUCAAAUGGUGAUAUUGAUGAAGGGAUGCCCUACUUUUACAGAAA